GAAGGCCCUUGACCGAGGUGCUGCUUUGCUGAAAGUAGACAAGCUAGUGACCGGCCAUAAUGCAGAUGAUAUAGCAGAAACCGUUCUUUUGAAUAUUUUGCGUGGUGAUAUUGCCAGGUUGAGUAGAUGUACAUCUAUAAUUACUGGAGAAGAUGGACCGAUUCCAAGGUGCAAGCCUUUCAAAUACACAUACGAGAAGGAAAUUGUUAUAUAUCCUUCAUUCACUGCAUGUCUUUUACGCGUGCAUACAUAAUUGUUGUUUUUUUAAUUCUGAUAUUAUUAUUAACUGCAUUUCUUUAACCUAAUGAAUACGUACGCAUACUUCAAAAAGUUGGAUUACUUCUCCACUGAAUGUAUUUAUUCUCCAAAUGCAUACCGUGGCUUUGCUCGUGAGUUCAUUAAGGAUUUAGAGAGAAUCAGGCCCAGGGGCAUAUUGGAUAUUAUUAAAUCUGGCGAGGACUUCCGGAUCUCUACUUCCACAAAAAUGCCUGAACUCGGAACUUGUGAACGGUGCGGUUAUAUUUCCAGCCAGAAAUGGUGCAAAGCUUGUGUUUUGCUGGAUGGGCUAAACCGGGGCUUACCCAAACUGGGGAUUGGGCGUCGCCGAGAACUCAAUAAUUCCAAGAAUGCGAAUCAAGAAAAUGGGACCAAGAAUUUGCAGAGCAAGCAGUGUGGUAGUUUGGACUUCUGAUGCCCACUUUUACGAAUCCAUUGUCGACUUUCCUUGUGCAUCAUCCAAAGCUUUUUUUUUUAUAUAACUGAACUUUCUUUUUAAAAACAGCCUCCCUACUUUCAAAGUAGGGUAAGCUCUGCAUACACUUGCCCUCCCCGGACCCCACUUUUUGUGGGAUUCAACUGAGUUUGUUGUUGUUGUUGUUAGCUGAACAUUCUUUAAAGGAGAGAGAGUGAAGGUGAACAAAAAUCCAGAACGAAAACGUAUCCUCUGAUUACGAAUCUCAUCUCUUCUCACCCCUUAAUCAUCUCUUCCAUCCAAUUUCAUCAUCUGUACAAAUUCUUCAUAGUUUAUGUUCCCAUCCUGCAUAGCCAGAAUAUCAACAAAGAAUGGUGGCUUUCAGGAUUUGGUCGAUGGUGGCUUCAUCUCCCAUGCCAUAUUCACUCAUUGCUUGUCUAAGCUCCUCUCUUGUUAUGUAUCUGGUAAGUAAAAAAAUGUAUCCGGUAUU